CUAUGACAUAUUGAUAUCAAGGCAUCUAGGUUUUGUGCAAGUCAUUUACCAAGCACUUCGGCUUUUAUUUGCACAGGGCCAAGGACAGCAUACUUAGCUCGAUAAGAGCGAAGAAACUUCAGCCUGACAAAUGGGUGGGCAACGGCAUUCCAAAAAUGCGGGCGUCAUGGGGUCGGAAGCCCUAAGCUAUGCGGAGCGCAAGGCCCUGGGCUUUGGCACUGUCAAGGAGCGUCUAGGCAAGGACUCGCUGGGCAACUAUGAUGACUGUUGUUUAACUCUUAUGGAGGCAAAGGACCCAGUAAUAACGCCAGACGGCUACAUGUACAGCAAAGAGGCAAUUCUGGAGAACCUUCUGGCGCAGAAGAAAGCCAUAAAGCGCAACAUGGAGGCGUACGAGGCGGCGCAGGUGGCGGACCAGCAGAAGGAGCUGGAGAAGCAGGCCAUUGCGCACGAGGCGGCACUGGUCGCGUUCGACCGCCGCAACCAUCUGGGUGUUAGCGAGGGCGUCGCAUCAAAGCUGGAGGCGGCAAUCGUAAAGGAGGCGGAGGCUCUGCGCAACCCGGGCGGCGGCGGUGCCAAGUCAGUGAUGGCCAUCAAGGAGGCGGAGGACCGGGCGAAGGGGCUCAAGGCCUUCUGGAUGCCCUCGCUGACGCCCGACGCGGGAAACAAGGUGGAGAAGCCGGACAGCGAGACGCGGUGCCCUGCCAGCGGCAACAAGCUGCGCAUGAAGGACCUUGUGGCCGUGCACUGGACGCCAGUGCCCGAGGGUGAGCCGGGCAAGCACAUGGAUCCCAUCACCAAGGAGACCUUCACCAAUUCAUCCAAGCUGGUUGUGCUGGCGCCCACAGGGGACGUGAUGCUGAAGGAGACGUACGCCAAAUGCGUCAAGACGGAGGGUAGUUACGGCGGCAAGCGCAUCCGCGACAAGGAUGUCAUCGAGCUCAAAACUGGUGGCACCGGGUUUGCGGCGCGGGACGGCGAGCGUGUGCAGACCAAGAAGUACUUCAUGCUGGGGCCGGGCAACGGGCUACGCGACCUGCGCGGUCAGCAUCAGAGCGCGAGGUCGCUGGGUGGCCUCGUCUUCAACAACUAGAGCUGACCACGGUACAUGACUGUACGUUCAAAGGGCAUCACGUGCAGUGCGUUCAAAAAACGAGUGGGCACUUCUUGCCCCAUGGUACCGCCGGGUGUGGGGAGCAACAUUCGAGUGCGGAAACGCGUACUGGGAUGGAGCGUUUUAGUGCUGGGCGGUUUUAUGACUUGUUGACGACAUGACACGAUGCUGCAGACUACUAGACUCAUCGGUUAAGUGUGUAUGGUUCGCAGCAUUUACUGAAGUACGGGGUUGCACCUGAUGCUAUGCGUGCACACGUGUGUGCGAUGUGCCGAGUCCCAGGCUGCAUGGACCACUUGUCGGGGUUAAAUCCCCACAAGGAUGGUCGACUGAGUUGCUGCUAGCGCUUCGCUUGUGCGUGCCGCGCUACUUGUCGUUGCGUUACAUGGUUGGGAGCAGGGGUGCAAGGGGCACCCCUGGUUGGGAGUAUGCAUCCUGUCUCACGUAAGCAUCACGGAAAUUGACGUGUUUGAAGACAUAACGGUAAGGCCACGGAUCGUUGCAUGCCGGCGACGGUGAACUAGUCAAGCCGAUCAGUGGCAACGUCAUUCGCUCGUAACGUCCUCGUGCGCCCAGCCCAACUCUUUUCUGGGCGCCUGUAACAAACCUGCCAG